AAUCAUUCCGUUUGCACUGCUCCUCCACGAAACGAUGCCUGCCGUACACCACAAACUAUUACUCGAGGAGGCCCUGCAGGACAGCCCGCAGACGCGGUCCCUGCUCAGUGUGUUUGAAGAGGAUGCAGGUACCCUCACAAACUACACAAACCAGCUGCUCCAGUCUAUGCAAAGAGUGUUUGGAGCACAGAAUGAAAUGGCUCUGGCGACAGAACAGCUUUCUAAGCAGCUCUUGGAGUAUGAGAAACAGAACUUUGCUCUAGCUAAGGGAGAUGAAGAGGUGAUCAACACGUUACAACACUUUGCCAAAAGUGUGGAAGAGCUGAAUUCUCUGCACGCUGAACUGGCCACACAGUUUGCCGAUAAGAUGGUAUUUCCCGUGGUGCAGUUCAGAGAGAAGGACCUUACAGAGAUUAGCACACUGAAGGAGAUAUUCGGCAUCGCCAGCGAUGAGCAUGAAGCUGCCAUGGUGAAAUAUAGCCGUCUACCUAAGAAGAGAGAAAAUGAAAAGAUGAAAGCAGAGAUCGUCAGAGAGGUCGCAUAUACUCGCAGGAAACAGCAUCAGGCCGCUAUGCAGUAUUAUUGCGCUUUGAACGCUCUGCAGUACAGGAAGAGAGUGGCCAUGCUGGAGCCCAUGCUGGGAUACACACAUGCACAGAUAAAUUUCAUUAAGAAGGGGAUGGAGCUGGUUUCAAAGAAGAUGGACAGUUUUCUCACCUCAGUUUCCAGCAUGACACAGAGUAUUGAGUCUCAAUUAGAGGUGGAGGCAGAGGUCAUGCGCUCGUCUCAGAGAGAGCUUCUCUCAGUUGAUGACACCGUUUACAUGCCGGAUCGCUAUCAAGCACCAGUGAAUCGCGCCCUCAUUCAGAAAGCUGGUUACCUCAACCUCAGGAAUAAGACAGGUCUGGUGACCACGGCGUGGGACCGUUUAUAUUUUUUCACACAGGGUGGGAAUCUCAUGUGUCAGCCACGGGGUGCAGUGGCAGGCGGGAUGGUUUUGGAUCUGGACAACAGCUCCGUCAUGGCCAUCGAGUGUGAAGACCGUCGCUACUGCUUUCAGAUCACCUCACCCAAUGGCAAAACGUCUCUGAUUCUUCAAGCAGAAAGCAAAAAAGAAUACGAGGAGUGGAUUUGUACCCUCAACAACAUUUCAAGACAGAUUUAUCUUUCAGACAAUCCUGAGGCUGUGGCUAUUAGGUUGCACCAGACGGCUCUACAGGCUGUGACGCCCAUCACCAGUUUUAAGAAGAGAGCUGAAGGUUCUCCUAAUCCUGACCGAGUGAUAGCAGGUGCUGUGGUCCCUGGAGAGACUCAGAGGACCCCUGCGGCCCUUGAGCCUGAAGAUCUGAUCGCUCCUGGAACACCGAUCCAGUUUGACAUCGUGCUGCCCGCGUCAGAGUUCCUGGACCAAAACAGAGUUGGUGUGAGACGCACAAACCCCUUCGGUGAGAUGGAGGACGAUGACAAUAGUUCAGACAUGCAUGAUUCGCUCCUGCAGCAGGUGUUUGCCGUGCGGUUCUUGGGUUCGAUGGCCGUCCGGGCUGGUCACACACAGGAAGUGAUCUAUGAAGCCAUGAGACAGGUUCUCGCUGCACGUGCAAUACACAACAUCUUCAAAACCACCGAGUCCCACCUCAUGGUCACUAGUACCUGCAUCAGACUGAUUGAUCCACAGACACAAGUCACCAAAAUCAGUUUCCAGCUGCAGGACGUGUCUCAGUUUGCGGCUCAUCAGGAGAACAGCAGACUGAUGGGGUUUGUGUUGGAGGGCAGAGACUGGAGUAACGGAGGAGAGGGUGAACCAUCUUUCAGUGUGUUUGUGUUUGAGAGCAACACUGAGGGAGAGAAGAUUUGUUACACCAUAAACUUGGGGAAAGAGAUCUCCGAGGCAAAGAAGGAUCCUGAAGUGUUGGCCCAGUUGAUGAAAUCAAUGCCCCUGACAAAUGAUGGAAAGUUUUUGCUGUUGGAGAAUGAGACGGGUGAUGCAGCCGAUGGAGUCGGACAGGAGGACCAGGAGUCAGAGGCUUGAAGACACUCACACAAACAACCAUUUCCUGCUGCUUUUCUCCCCAGAUCCCCAGACUACAUUAAGACAAACUUCUUUAGCACUUAUCCAAUUUAGUGUGACGCUCGUAAGAGGUUUGAGCCAUGUUUAAACCUUCAAAAUGAACACUAGUUUGAGUAUGUCAUGCAUCUGAUUCCAUGUUAAAGGGAUGGUUCACCCAAUCACAUCAUUUCCUCACCCUCAUGCUGCCAGAUCGGGAUGAUCUUUUGUCUUCUGUGGAACACAACAAUGAAAGUGAAUGGUAAUUGAAGCCAUCCAGCACUAUAAAAGUAGUCCAUUUGACUUGUGCGCAGUAUUCCAAGUCUUUGAAGCCACAUAAUAGCUUUGUGUGAGGAACAGACCGAAAUUGAAAUAGUUAAUACUCACUGUAAAUAUUAACCUGCACAGCAGCUCACGAAUCUCAUUUUUGGGUGAACGGUCCCUUUGAGAAAAGGUUUCUUUUAUUGAUUCCGUCUAGUUUUCUUUUUUGUUGUCACGUUUCAGCUACAAACGGACUUUUUGCAUGAUGGUUAAAUCUAUCGGUAAUAACAGGAAAACAAACCCAACUAAAUUUCAGAGCCCUUUCACUACCAGUUGUCACCGCACACACAACUGUGAAUCUUUAUUUGCACUUUCUUUGUUUCAGUCGCAUCUAAGAUGUUAGACACGCUGAUUUGAGCAAAUAAUCUAAAGUGAAGAAUAAAACGGCAACAUUCCACAUAUUUUGUGAAUUCAGAGAUCCUGUAAAACUGGUCUGAAUCCCAAUUCGCAUAAUAUCCUCUCCUAUAUAGUAUACAAGAUUAUGAAUAUCGCAUCCCAAAUCAUAGUACAACAGUCGGAUGGUGUACAGCUUCUGAAAUAUGCAUGUUUUUUGCACUAAUAUUGCCCACAACUCCUCAGACUUACAUUCUAACUAUCUAAAUGCAUGUAUUAAUGUAUGAACCAAAGGCCACAUCCACACUUGAUGUUUUUGUCUGAAAUCGCUUCUCAUCCACACUAGAAUGAUGUUUUGAAAAUACGCUCUCCGUUACAGCAUAAUAGAGGAAAAUGAUGAUGUUAGAAAAAAUGGAUUAGUGUGGAUGUGGCCUAAAAGUAACGAAUUUAGCAAACACUAGCAACACAGGGGUUUGUGGAAUCAAGACGCAAUUUUUAUAGUAUGUCUUAAUACUGUGUGCUGUCUUACACACUCAAAAGUACACAAAUUGGGAUUCAGACCAUAAUAAAAAAAUCCAUGUUUUUAAAUCUUUAUAAGUUUAGAAGGUGAUUUAGAUUCGUUUUUUAUUAUUAUUAUUUAAAACACUAGUAAGAGAGAUAUGUUGGUUAUUUUCAGUGUCUGUUUACAAUUUAUACACUCAAAUGGUUAAACAGAAUUACGAUAAAAAAUGCAUUUGAAUGCAUAAAACAGUUGUUGCAUUAAUUAGAGGUAAUUUAACGUCACACAUACUCAUCUACUUUGUGGAAAAAUUAACAUUCUCAGGGCCAGUAGUUUAUGGGACUAAACAGUUCUAUAGUUUUUCCAUAAAUGUACUGCAACAUAAACUCGUGCAGAACCAAAUUAAUUUUCAAUCGGUUUAAUAUUUUCUCACACAGCUGAAUGCUUUUCUGACCACUAUCAACAAAUUUGUGUUUGUAGGUACUUUUAAUUUAGAGCGUAUUGUUUACGCUCUGGAGGGUUUCUCCACAGCGCAUGUAAUAGAGGUCGACCGAUUGUGGAUUUUGCCUAUACCAAUAACUAAGGUGGUGGGAAAUGCAGAUAACCGAUUAACUGGCCGAUAGUUUUCCAAAUUGAUUUAUAGAAUGUAAAAAUUGUCCUUUAUUAUGGAGUCCAAAAUGAAUAAAAACCCAGAUGCAGUUUUUUGUUAAACCAAAAUCAAGAUGUGGGACUUUUAAGUAUAAAGAAGCCCGAAACACACUGGGGACUCUUAUUUUGAAAUGACUCAAUUCUGAAAAAAACAUUGGCAAAUAUUAACAGAUUUUUGCUAAUAACUGUUAGUUCCAAAAAAGCAACUAUCGGCACCGAUUAAUCGGUAAAACCAAUAUAUCGGUCUACCUCUAGUUAAUCUGUAAUUAUUAGCAUUUGUAAUAAACGUUAUGGUUGUAUGUCUAGUUCCUGAAAGUGGUUUUCUAUUGAUUUGAAUGAAGUUGAACCGUUUACAUUAAUAGUACGAUGGAGAUAUUUCAGAAAUGGAAAAUGAGAUCUCAAAAUGUACGUGUAUGAAACUAAAUAUGCCUCAAUAAACAUCUGAAGUUUAAUCUGCAAUAAGCUUGAGCAUGAACCAUGCUGAAAAAACACAAAAAAUGUACUUUUGUUUUGCGCAGAUGUGCUCCAGUUAUUUUGGUUGGACUGGCAGGUUCUGCACAUGUAUCUGUCUUUUCAGAAUGUUAAACUCUUUAAUAAAGCUUUGAGGCCAUUUCUCACUCUCAUUUAGAGUUCAAUCUGAAACAAUGAAAUAUUUGAUUUUACACGUACAACAUCUUCACCCUCUGUGGAUAUAAGCAUCAUGUCACAUCAGUACAGAUCAUUAGGGAUUCUG